AAGUAGUAGUUCGUGUCCGGUUAGUGAAUUAUGGUUGAAAAGUAGAAUGAAGAAGGAAGCACACGUCUACGUUGUUGUUGCGACAUAAGAAAGUUCACAAGUGCAAGAAGUAACAAUUCUCUUUGCUUUCUGUAAAAAGUAGAGUAACAAAUAUGUCUGAAAUGCGGAAGAGGCAUUUUGACAAGACCGAAGAAGCUGACAAAUCUCCCGAAGCAGAAAGCGACCAGAAGGAAGAUGUUGAUUCAGAAGAUGAUAAAAGCCCUGAAGAAAAGUAUGUUGAAGAAGUAGCGAAGAUAGUGCCACAGGGAACGGAUAAAACACCCGAAGUACUAAACUCUGCUCUUAGUGGACUUUCAGACAGAUGGCGGAACUGGGUGAUAAGAGGUUUAUUUUCGUUAGUAAUGAUUGCUGGGUUUUGUCUACUUAUAUACAGUGGGCCUCUUGCUCUCAUGGUUACAACUCUUCUUGUACAAGUGAAAUGCUUCGAAGAAAUUAUCAACAUUGGUUAUGCUGUGUACAGAGUUCAUAAUCUUCCAUGGUUUCGAUCACUAUCUUGGUAUUUUUUAAUUACAUCUAACUACUUUUUCUAUGGGGAGAGUCUUGUUGAUUACUUUGGUGUUGUCAUUAACCGGACGGAUUAUUUGAGAGUUCUCGUUACAUACCACCGCUUCAUCUCAUUCUCAUUGUACUUAGUGGGCUUCAUCUGGUUUGUAUUGUCUCUCGUGAAGAAGUAUUACAUGCGGCAGUUCUCCCUGUUUGCCUGGACACAUGUUGUGCUAUUGAUUGUUGUUACUCAAAGCUACCUCAUCCUGCAGAACAUUUUUGAGGGACUCAUUUGGUUCAUCGUGCCUGUUUCCAUGAUAGUGUGUAAUGACAUCAUGGCGUAUGUAUUUGGAUUCUUUUUUGGACGCACUCCAUUGAUUCAGCUCUCACCAAAAAAAACUUGGGAAGGUUUUGUGGGAGGAGGAAUCUCUACAGUAAUUUUUGGACUCAUUAUGUCAUAUGUGAUGUGUCAGUAUCGCUACUUCGUAUGUCCAAUUGAGUAUAGUGAAGCUCUUGGCCGAAUGACAAUGGAAUGUGAGCCAUCACCAUUAUUUCGCCCUCAAGAAUAUACACUUCCUGAAUCACUUGCUGGGGUUUUGCAGUUGUUUGGCAUGAAGAACACAAUAACACUGUACCCUUUCCUGCUGCACUCUCUCUCAAUGUCUAUAUUCAGCUCAGUCAUUGGUCCAUUUGGUGGCUUCUUCGCAAGUGGAUUCAAGCGAGCUUUCAAGAUAAAGGACUUUGGUGACAUAAUACCUGGACAUGGAGGAAUUAUGGACCGCUUUGACUGUCAGUUCCUGAUGGCAACAUUUGUGAAUGUUUACAUUUCAAGUUUCAUUCAUACUGCUUCUCCUCAAAAAUUAUUACAGCAGGUUUACAACCUGAAACCAGAGCAGCAACUGCAACUGUUCUAUACACUUAAAGAAACCCUGGAAAACCGUGGAAUCCUUAAUUUGCAGUAACAUCUCACAGCGGAGUCAUAUAAAGAUGUAUGAUGAAGUAUCCUAACUAAUAAGCCACUUAAUUUCUCCCGCCUUCCAUUUUCUCCAAUUAUUUCCCCCAAAAAAGUGCAAUGACUCUAAAAGUGUAGCAGGGCACCCAUCUUCAUCUCUCCCAGUGCACAUAAUGUUCUUCACAGCUGUGACAGCAGUUCUCAUGGCAGAUACCAAACUAUACAUACAUCAAUUCAUUGUGUUCCAGGCCAUGUAGCUAACUCUUCAUGUUAGGUACCAAACUCUGAACUAUGUCAUCAUCCACAUCUUUAUCUAUAUGCACAAACCAUCAAGUACACAGCUACUGUGAAUUAAGAUCUGCUUUUUUAUGCAAUCUUCUUUAGUAUUUUAUAGGAACUAUAACCAGAAAUCUCUUUGCUUGCAUAAUGAAGUUACCUAUGCAUAACAAUGUUUUGUUUGUUUCUUUGUAUUUGAAAUUUUCACUUUGUCCUUAAUGUAUUUGUUUUAUAUUUGCUGCUUGUUGUGUGACAUGCAUCAGAUGCCUGCCCCUCCUCAUCUGUGCCCCCUCUUCCUGUCUCCCUAAGUAUAUCUCCUAAGGAGUAGCUUGCAGGUUCAGUAUGAGGAGAAAGAGAGAGAGGGAGAGACAGAGAAUACAAAACAAGAAAUUUAUAUGAAAGUUUUUCUUUUCAUUAAUAAUAAAUUACUUUCCUACAUAAUUUCAGAUGUUAGUAUAUUCUGCGUAGUAUAAAACAUAAAAUAUUUGUCAGGUUGUGCGCUUCUCAUUGUAACAAUGGUUUGAGACACUACAGGUGUCAUGGAAUUUAACAUAUGUUUACCAUAAUCUUUUUUUCUGUUAUGUUAAAGCUUGUAAGAGCAUAAAUAUUUCAUGGAAAAUUUUGAUCUCUACUUGUUGUUGUAAUUGUAUGAUUGGUUGUGAGUGGAUGACUUUCACAGUUCAACAAAGUUAACUAGUUAACUGUUAGUGAGUCACAGGAAGGUUAUCCUUCAAUUUAAUAUUCUGGUCCAUCCCACAAGAGCUGCUACACAAGAAAAGCUUUGUCUUUAUGUUUUAUUGAUACUAAUAAAUUGUGAAAGCCAAUCCAUGCCCAGUUGAAACUGUGUGAAUAAGACCAUGUUGAAAUCUGUGACAAAUGUAUAUUUUGCAUGCGGAAUAGUGUUAAUUAAGUUAUAUUAUUGAUUGUUUUAUUUCUGUUUGAUUCCUGACUACAAGUAAUUGGACUUAGUGCAACCUUGCGUUUUAGGUUUACAUAUUUUUUACAUGGCUGAAAAGUUGUUUUAAUAAUAAUAUACUUAUUUGAAAAAGAAGUGAUUAUCAGUUGACAAAAGAUGAUUAAAAUUCUAAAAUCAUAAUAUAAAAUUAUAAAAAGAAAGUUACAGACUAUAAGAACUCAGUAAAAAAAAACCUAGUCCAUAUGCAUGCAGAUUAUAAUAGAAGAGACAUAGAGUAACUGUCUAGAUACACAAUUGAAAUUUUUGGCACAAAAAUUUGUCUGACAUGACCAUUCCUCCAGAGUAACAAUGUCUCCCACAUCUCUAUCCCUGUCAAUUUCUGCAUAUUAUUCAUUCCUAUCACUUCUCUGUAACUCUUGAAAAAAUAACUUUUGUUUAAAAUUUUUGAGCUGUACUGUAUUCCUCGUAGUGCUACCAUCUAUCCUUAUAACUAUCCCUGCCUCCUUUUCUUACAUGUCUUAGUAUAAAUUGUCUUUGAUAACAAGUGAGCAGCUGCUUUAUAUUACUUUUGUAAGCCGUGGAAUGCCUAAUACCUACAGAGUUUUUUUAUUUUUCUUCAUUGAUAAAGAUUGACUAAUCUUCUAUUAGCUGAAGCAUUUGGAUGUAGGAGAUUGAUUUGAGAAAUUUUAUCUGUAAUUUAUAAUUUUUUCUUUGGUAUGACAACAUUAAAAAAAAAUUAUUUGGAAACAAUAUGAUUCCUCUAAGAUUUGUAUAUGUGCACACUAAUAUGUGCCACAGAUUCUUUGAUUUUAUUGUACAACAAAGUAAAAAUGUAGAAACAGUAUUUGCCUUUGGAAACAUAACUGAUUAAUUCCAAAUUUAAUUCAAGCUCUUAGCUCUCUAAGAAUACUAGAGUAUUUGAAUGAUGAUCUGGAAAUGUAAUCGUGAAUUGGUACUUACUUUAUUGUUACAUAUGGAUGACAUUCCUAAGCUGAUUUUUUAUCAGUAUUUCUAACUUUAUAAAAUAACUUCGUUGGAGCCUUGCCUCUUUUGAUCCUGUUUUCUUAAUUUGAGAUCAGUGUAAAUAAUUGAAGGGAGAUAAAGAGUUUUACUUUUUCAUAUUGACAGAUACUUAAAAAUUAAUUAUACCUGCGUGCUUUAGUGCAGUAUGCAAAUGCGAUUUGAGCAUUUUGUCCUAGACAUUGCUGAUUAUAACUGUCUCAGCAUUUUAUUACUCAAUAGAAUGAAAAUUAUUAAAUCAGAGUAAAGGUAAUUACUACUUAGAAAUAUAUUCACCGCAGGUGAAAAAUUCAAAUACAGUGCAGUAAAGUGUCUCAUCUACUGAUUUUAUAUUUAUGCACCAGGAGAUCACUGUAUUUUUAGGCCAAGUACAACUACUUCAUUUGAAAAUGCAUUUCUCGUGGACGUAAAGACUGAAGGAAGUAAUGAAUCCAUGUUUAAUGUUCUUUUAUUAAAUUUGAAAUUUUUACACAAAGUGCAAUAAUUUAAUGUUCCCCAUAAAAUGAAUGUUUAAAUGUUUUGUGCAUUUGGGUUUGCUAAUAUUAAUAUUAUGUAUUACAUUAAUAAAUGCAAUAUUGCAAUUGACUGGAAGAAGGAUUGACAUCAAAAGUCCAGAAUGGAAGGAAGGGAAUUGGGGGGGGGGGGGGGCUGUGAAUCUUUUGAGUUUAAGUUUAUUCAAGUAGAGAAAAACUGUCAGUCGGUUUUAAAUAAUCUAUAAUCUUUCUGCUGGCUGUUUUGAUGUUCUGUUCCUGUAGAAGUGUCUGUGUACAAGUCUACCCAAACCCUUAUUCCAGUUUGUGAACUUGGAAGUAGCAAUCGUUCAUAACAGUCAUGUGUGCCCAUAAAUGUUACCUACAUUUGUCUCAAUGUCUGUAUAAGUCGAUGUGCUAUUGUGUGAUCCAAUUAUUACUCCUUAAUUUUUAUUAUUAAACAAAGAAUAUCUAGUCAGUGUUUUUUGUUAGUAUAGAAUGAAAUGCAUGACAUCUACAAGUAUUAUUCCAAAGAUGAUGUCUUAUUAUAUGUGAUGCGUGCAUUUAGUUUUUAGAUCUGUAGGGACCAUUACUACCAAAUUGACUCUGAAUGUGGCAGUGUUGUGUGAAUCCAUCUUCGGUAGUAAGUGAAAUGUGUUUUAGAAUAAAGUCAAUUUUAUAUGAUUCAGAUUAUGGUCCAUAAAAAAAGGGCAAGGUAGAUGGCAUUCACACAUCUCUUCUACAUAGCAAUUUGUUCGUAAUAAUGCAUAUAUUAUGAUGAUAUAUUAGAGAGGAGAUGUCUUUACUUGGUAGUACACAUAAUUUUUACAUGUUCUGUAACUGGUGUUUAAGCUGAUGAAUAAUGUUUGUUGUUAUAUGUAUAGGCAUUUAUAUCAAAUGUUAGUAAUGUACCUGUAUCUCCUGUUGUUAAUUCAAAUGUUUUAUCUCCAUUUUGUUUAAUUUCUAUUUCUGUGUUAUUUUAAUAAAGCAUUCCAACAAAUCA